AUGAGUGUUAAUUGUCAAAUUAAAGAUAAACAGAAAGUGCUUCAAAAUAUCCUAUUUUAUAAAAAAUAAAAACAAUAAAAUGUGAUUAGAAAAUUGCGACUGAUUUUCGUUGAUGUUUUGCAUUGGUGAUUGAAUUAUCUUAAUAAACAAUUUCGAAAGAACAGUAUAAUGUUGAAGAAAUAAAUCACCAUAUGGGUUAAGAUUAUUGAAUAAAAAUGUUUUCUGCUAUCAAAAGGUUGGCAAGCAAAGGGGAUGGCUCUCCAAACAACUCUAUGGGGAGGCCACCCAGUCACCAAGCCAUGUCUUCCUCGUUGCAACGCAAAUUUGCACGAGGGGUACAAUAUAACAUGAAAAUUGUAAUAAAAGGAGAUCGAAACGUAGGAAAAACUUGCCUCUUUCAUCGACUACAAGGGAAAAAGUUUGUCGAAGAGUACAUACCGACAGAGGAAAUUCAGGUUACCUCCAUACAGUGGAAUUAUAAAGCCACAGAUGAUGUUGUAAAAGUGGAAGUGUGGGAUGUUGUAGAUCGUGGCAAGAAGAAAAAACAUUUUGAUGGCUUGAAGCUGGAAAACUCUCAAUUGGAGGUACCAGACGAACAUGCAUUAGAUGCAGAGUUCUUGGAUGUUUAUAAAGGGACGAAUGGAGUUAUAAUUAUGUUGGAUUUGACCAAAACUUGGACUUUCGAUUAUGUGCAAAGGGAACUGCCUAAAAUACCUGGCCACAUUCCAGUUAUUAUUUUGUCUAAUCAUUGCGAUAUGUCCCAUCACAGGACUGUUACUGCCGAUCACGUUAAUUUCUACAUUGAUUCGAUUGCAGGUACUCGGACUGCCCAGGUUCGCCAUUCAGAAUCAUCCAUGCGAAACGGCUUUGGUUUGAAAUUGCUACACAAGUUUUUCAACCUACCUUUCCUACAACUGCAAAGAGAAACCCUGCUGCGUCAACUUGAGCGAAAUGAGGUCGAGACGAACGCUACAAUCCAAGAACUUGACAUGUUCUGCGAUUCAGACGAGGCCAAUUACGGUAAAUUCCUCGAUAAUUUAGUGAAGAAACGUAGGGAAAUUGCCGAUUCAAACGCAAACAUUCCUCCAAAACUACCGGUUAUUCCUCCCAAUGCCCCUCCCAGCGAUAUGAAGAGGUCUCAAAGCGGUCCGAUUGUUAUCGGUGCCGGUAAACCCAUUCCUUUUGGAAACUUGGCUCAAGGCAAGGUACCUUCGCUUACACCUCACGUGUCAAAGAGUUCUAGCAUGAGUUCUGGGUUCGUGUCCAAAUUGGGAGUGGAUACGCGAGUGAGCGAUGGUAUACCCGAUUUGAGGAGGCUGGAGAUAAGUCCAAUUACCUCUGUCGAGGAGUUUUGUCCAGAAGGAGGACAACUUACCGGGUUUCUUGAUGACGUACAGUUUAAUAUGCAAAGUAAUAUUAAAGAGGAGGAAGAACAGAGCGAAUCGGACACUGAUACGGGAAAUCCUCUGGUGUCCGAGCUGCAGGAAGAUUGUGAACCGGACGAAAUCUCCUUUUCCAAGCCUGUGAAGUUUGCUAAAAAACCAGAAUCGAACCUAAACGCUCCCUUGAGAAUCGUCAGAUCGGAUGAGAGCAGCGAACUGGAAAUUGAAAAGACCGUACCCGAAGACUACGACAUGAAACAGACAAACGAUGAGUUCGAUUCUACCAUCAAUUCAGAAAUAUCCGAGCUGACGUCUGACGCCUACGACGCCUGGAUAGGAGCCGAUACCAAGUGGAGACGGUCCCCAGAAGGUGGUGAAGAUAAUUCGGUCGUUAGCCAGACUCUAGAUUACAGUAACAGCACGGCUAAUGACGACAGCACUAGCGUGACGUCUUCAAACGUUCACAUGGAGUUGCUCAUGUCCAAGCAAAGCUCCAAUAACGGGAGUGUGGUAAGCGACAGCGACGGUACACACACUUCGAGCUCUGUGAAGAAGGAGAAGAAGAAGAAGGAUAAAGACAAGACUGAGAAGAAAUCAAAGAAAAAAUCGUCGAAGGACAAAGACCGCCACAAGGACUCCAGCAAGAGUGAGAGGAAGCACAAGCGGAGGUCCAGGGAAGAGACCUCCUCUCACAGAGAUGAGCUGGAGGAGUUCCUCAACGGCCCAACAAGCUCACCUAUAGACGCGGCGUACGAGGCCAUCUAGCACAUGCCCGUCAUAAUCAAAUACAAAUACGUCUUGAAUCUAUAACGGUCUCGCCUUGCCUUCCACGUUUUAAGCUUCUAAAAUGUAUCCUGUGGAAAAAAGUUAACAAGCUGUCGCUGUUCGUGAGGUACCUUUUUGUAUGUGUAUAUUGGAAAUAUUUUAUAUAAGGGGCUCGUGACGGGUGGAAUUUAGGAAUUGAUUUUUUAACGUAUUAUUAUUAUAACGUUGAAAGAAAGUGAUGGGACUAAAAAAUUCCUAAAUUUUAUUUACCCUUCGACAGUUCUGGACUAUUGGGUCUAAUUCUGUUUCACAUUAUUUCGAAUCGGUAAGAUCUAAUUGCAUUUUUUAAUAUCUCGUUUUUAAACGGGGUGUUCAUUUUUUGAACCACACAAUGGUGAUCUCAGUUUAAUAACAAAUAACAUGUCAAGGAGAAAUCUGAUCCAUCUUUUUUUUAAAUUUUGAAGUUAUGGCCUUGAUGCCUAUCGGAAUUGGAGAAACAACAUUCAUAUUUCAUUUGUCUUAAGGGGUCUUUUUGGAUUUUAGCAUUUUCGAAUUCCCAUCGUUUUUCUGAUUAUGAUGAUAUGUCGUAUAACAUAUCAUUACAUUUACAUUAUCCAUUUUUUAAAGAGUGCUUUGGAAAAACAAAAGAAAUUUUGAGAGUUCGGGUAAACUUCCAUAGACGUCGAAGUUUAAGGAAUUAAAAAUGUUUCUACUAGAAGAACUGUGAGAUAUUCUUUAAACUUAUUUAUUAACUAAUUUGAACUAUAUCUAAUUUAUGCCGAAAUUUAUCAUGGAGUUAUACUCGGUUGUUUUG